CAUGGCCUGGGAUGCAAGGAUCCCACUGUUGCUAUGUUUGAGUUUAACUUGGGUACCAUAGAACUUAUGCCAUGUCACUGAUGAGGUCAUAGACUGUGCAGAGGCCACUCUGACCAUUCUGACCAUAACUGCUGCCUUUGGCUGUUGUGGCUUUGAACGUCCCUGUUUAGAGAUUUUAAUGAUCUGGUUUUAUUUGUGUGUGAAAGCCAAGAAGAAAGUGAAGUCACCUGACUAGUCAAGAAGUUUAGAUGUCAACUUUACCUUGGUUAAAGACAUUAAAGACUUUUUAGAGUCCUUACUUCCAUAUUCUCCUUCCUCUUUGAAGGAUGAAGCAUCACAGUGAACAUCCAAAGAAGCAACUACAAGAAAAAAGGGCUUCUGCUGAAACUUCAGAAGCCACAGAUAAAGCACCUAAUUCACCCAAACCUGGACCAUCAGCACCAAAAGACCUAGCUUUAACUCCCAUCUUCAAUGAUAAAGAAGUGGAAAAGAGGGAAGAUUCCUCCUCAUCUUCUCCCUAUUUUGUGUAUGAGAAGCCACAUAACACCACCACUCGUAAAAUCGAUUCAGAUGACACUUGUUACAGUUGUGCUUAUUAUGCCCGAGUUAGGACUGUAAAAGGGGUAGCUAUUAAGUGGCACACUUCAGAUGGAUUCCGGGCCAUUGGAAAAAAACCCCAGAUGUAUGAAGCAGAGGUGUCGGGGGAAACAACCAUUGGGUCUCCUCCCACCAGCAGUGUUACCACAAUGCGCCAAGAUGUUGAAACUUCUCCUUCUGAGGAAGAUCCUUGUGAAAUCAAAAUGAAGGAAAUAGAUUUCCAGUCCUCCCAAAAUACAGAGGACAAUUCUUAUGAAGACCCCAGUGAGGAUGAAACAGCUGGGCCUUCCCACAAAGAGGAUGAAGAGAGACCAAGAGUGGCCACCCCUGACUGGCUGGUCACAACAGAUAAAGGCUUCCGUUGCUUGGCUUGUUGUCGUGUAUUUCUUACUCUAGAAGCCCUCAUGGAACAUGCUCGUUAUGGUGUUAAGGAAGGUUUCAGUUGCAGAGUCUUUAAUGAGGCCAUGCUAGAGAUGAGAUGUAAUCAGGAGAAAAAGCGAGAGCAUCGUUGGCGUCAGGCAGAGAUCCGGCGUCAUCAGAUAGAGACCUGGAAACAAAAUGUGCAUAACUGGCGUCAUCGAUUAGAUUCUGGGCAUCAUCAAGACCCUCAAUUUAAUCAAGCUCAGGUCCGGCAUCAUCACCUAGAAACCUGGCAUCGCCAAGCACAGGCCCGACGUCAACGGAUACAGACCCACUUUAAUCAACUUCGAGUUCAGCAUCAACAAGAAUCCCAAUGUCAUCAAGAAUCCCAAUUUAAUCAACUCCGAGCCCAAUAUCGUCAACAGGAAUCCCAACAUUAUCAAGUGCAGAACCGGUAUCAUCGACCAGAGGCUUUACAUCAUCGACCAGAAAACCAAAUUCAGGAAGGUCUAAACAGGUGUCAUCAACUAGAAAUAUGGAAUAAUCAAGCCCAAGCCUGGCGUCGUAGGCUAGAAAUUGUUCGUCGUCACCGAGAGACCCAACUUCAACAAGCUGAGGUUCGGCAUCGUCGUCUAGAAAACUGGUGUCAUCAAGCUCGGGCCCGGCGUCUUAGGUUGGAGGCACAACGUCAUCAACGAGAGGCCCGUCAUAUAAUUGAGGCCCAACAUCAUCACCGAGAAAGCCAAAUUAAUAACACACAGAUUCGGUAUCAUCAACUUGAGUCUAUACAUCAUUUACGCGAGACCCGGUUUUAUCCAGGUGGUGUCUGGAAUCAAGUAGAAAUUCGGCAUUCUCCUCAGCUACAAGCUCAGCUCCAUAGAACAGAGACUAUGAAUGAUCAACAGGAGGCCCAACUUCACCAAGCUGCUGAGGAGCAGCAUCGGGCUAGGGAAACCCAUCGUCAUCAAGCUCGGGCCCAGCAUCGCAGAUCCAUGGCACGACACCAUCAAGCGCGUGUCCAGCGUCGUUGACAAGAGGCCCCACAGCUACUUAUAUGACCCUGCUGUUGGAUCCCUAGGCCAGAGGUGCCAGUGUACCAGGAAUUGGGCCAUGAUGGCUCACUCUCCAAAGAGGAGAAAGUCUUGAUUUUUAGGAGCACCAGCAAACCUAUGGAUGGAUUUAACUCUUUCAUGGCCAUGGCUACCCUAAAUCAUCUCAGUUCACCAUCACCCCUAAAUUUUAACUGCCAUAACACCUACCAAAGGUGACAAGACAUAACCAAACUCAGUUACUGCUGUAACAUGAAGUUGAGUAGAUUAAUACAAUGAGUCAAGGGGUGAGAAAGCCAUCAGGAGCUCUGAGCAACAUCAUUUACUAAGAGUGUGGGGUGCCAUGAGGACCAGGAGACCUAGAGUGCACCUUCAAGAGGAAAAGGGAAUUUGUGCUUCCAGAAAGAGAGUUCUGCUUUCUAGGGACAAGAAGAGCAAGCAGAAUCCUUCCAAGUACUUGAAAACAGCUCAAGUCUUCUCUUCUGAAGACUAAUGUCAAAGGAAGAGAAUGGCUGAGAGCUGCAUAGCUCCAGAGAAAGCACAGGUGCCUCCCUGCUAUCUGUCUGCUCAGAGCCCUGAGCUUCCCAUGGUGAUAUCAAGGUAUUCUGUCACAGUUGCAGCCUUUGCCUUGGAAUCCCAGUCAACCAAAUUCUUACCACCAGUCUCAGAGGGAAGAUAUUAAGGAAGAGAGAAAAAGAGAGAGACAGAGACAGAGACAACAACACCAACACUAACACCAAGGGAAAGGAGUCUCAAGAUGAUGUGCCUUUCCCAGAGGUUUAUACCUCCAGAAAUGGCAAGUAACUAAGUCAGUCUUUACAGUCAUCAUGUUGACCGUCUAAAAGGAAGGCAGUCUGAGGUCUCCUACAUGAGCUCCUCCAGGGGUCCAGUUCCACAGUCAAGUGUCUUCACUCCAAGUCCAAGUGUCUGUCUUCCAGUCUCUCCUCAAGUGUCUGUCUUCACUCCAGACAACAACAAAGUUGAUAAUUUCCAUAGAGAACAAAGAAAAGAGAAUUGCUUGUGAAAUCAUCUCAGAAAUGGAAAGGAAAAAAAAGAUAAAAAAACGAGACUACAGACUUGGACAAAUUGUUGGAAAAAUUGGACAUCAAGGAAGAAGCUUGAGGCAAGUAGGGUCAUCAGAGGUUAUGGGAGGCAUUGACUUUGGGACAGGGCUUUAGUGAUUGAAAAUAGCUUUUGGAUGUAGUGACGACUUUGGAAGUGGACCUAGAUUAGAUUCGAUUAAUAGUAGUGGCUGCAAAGUUGAAAUAAAUGAUAGCUAGAAGUUAGAAACUAUUGUCUACAACUGGUGAUUUCAAAGAUGCAUCUUGAUAAAAGAACAGAUGAGAAGGAAAGAACUUGCCUCAUGAGUGGGUUCCAAGAGGAAAACAAGAUGGUCUCAUCCUGUAUUGUUUUUAUUAGUACGGUUCAGUUAAACUUUAUUAUUUCCUAUGUAAUGAUUUUUUGUAUUGUUAAUUAAACCUGCACUGGAUGAGGACUUCAGCAAAGAAUAUAUUCUCCCCCUCACCCCCCACUAAUUGAGCAGACUAUGGAAAUGUCUAGUAAAGUGUUGGAAGAUCACUAAAUUUCUGUAGGAGCUUAUCCAAAAUCUUUUUUUUUUUCUUUCUGUUCUGAGGUAUGAACUCAUACGAUGAGUGACUGAAUAGUUAAUAGCUAGUAAAGCAUUGUGCUGAGUACUGGGGAUCAAAAUACAAAAAAAAAAGGUAGAGACAAUUGGGGAAUUUACAGUCUAAUGUGGGCAAAAAGAACACAACAGGAAGUUGAAGGUAUGUGGGAGGUAGUAAGGGGAGGAGAAAAAAAAGUACCCUACUUGUAGUCAUGGUGAAGAAGUCAGGCAAAGUAUCAAAAUACUGCAACUGAGCUGAGUUCUCUUCAUUAAAUGAAGGUAUGGAGCUUAUGGCUACACUCUCCAAUCAAAGAGGUGGAGGGUAGUGAUAAAGUAGAAUACCUAGGCUGAUAAGAUCUUAUAGGAUAAUUAGAUUAUUCCAAUAAUGAACUUCCUGGAGCACUGUGGAGAAGUCAGUCAGACAAGUCCCAGCAUAGUAUAACGUGGUGAGAAAUGAAAUGUCUGCCACAAGCUCUCUUCUUAAUAGGAAGUUUGGAGUAGAAGAGAGUGACCCAUCCAAUAGAUUUAAGAAAUAAGCAUACAUUAAAGUGUUCAAAUGUUUUUAUUAAAGUGUUGUCGUAAAUGUACACAUAUAUAUGUAUACUCUCAUAUAUGUGUGUAUAGAUACAUCGAUACAUAGAUAAGAUAGAUAGAUAAUGUUAUGGUAGAUUUUAUUGACCUGAGAAUGGCCAGUAUGGGUUGGAGAACUGAUAUUUACCGGCAUACCACGACUCACCGAAGACUCUGUUUCAUGAAUGACUGGUGACUAUGACAAGAUGACCUUCAAAGUGUCCAUGGUAUGGACUAUUUGGCAGCAAAGCCAAAGGCUUGCAAAGGUAAACAAUAAAGACAAUGUAGAGCAGUGAUGUAGCCUUCUGGCCCACAACAAUCCUGAGUGGCCAGAACCAGAUUAAAAUGUAAUUGGGAAUUAUUUAACAAAAUUAAAAUGUGGUAGAAAAUUAUGUUAAUAUAUGACUUUCUAACUUAAUAUGAGGUUGUAGGGAUCCUUAUCUACAGUUUAGCGACUUAUUUCUCUUUGAAUUUGAUACCAUUAAUGCAAGACAUAUGCUAUUUGAGUUACAAAAAAAAUGGUUAGGCAUUCCUAAACCUCCAAAGAGAUAAUUGACAAGUGGAUCGAUUAGACAAUGGUUAUUAAUACUGCCACUACUAAACAAGAAUUAGUGAACAAGUUUCACACACACGCGGAGAGAAGGGUGGUUUGGGAACUUUUUUAAGGCCGACCAAGGGGAAAUAUAUGCUCUCCGGUAACCAGUGUCCCAGGGCUAACUUCUUCAGCACAGUAAAACCGUUACAACGUCCUCAGCUUGCAACGAUCCAAAAACGACACCAUCUCUAGAAAUCAUCAUCCCAGUAGUAGCAACAAACUUGAAUAGUUUUGUUGAAUAGGGUAACAAUCAACAAGUAGUUAUGAGAGAUCUCAACAUUAAAGUUGUAAUUACUGGUGGCAAAGGUAAGGAUGGGGGCACAGUGGCAUUCCAGCAACCAAGAGAGGAAGUUUUUUAGAUAAUGCAGAAGUACCAAAGGACUGAGGAAGAGAAAGCAAGAAACCCUAGUAGGUUUUUUGAGGCCAGGGACUACUUACUUUUUCUUUAUAUCCCCAACUCGUGCACAUAGUAGGUGAUUAAUAAAUAUUGAUUGUUUGCUUGACUAAUAUAGAGUUCAGGAGACCUGCUUUGGUGCUGAGAUAUUCCUUGAAAAUACAUUGCCUUGAGGCUGUGGCAUUUCAGUUUUUACAGUUGGGUAAGCCCAUUUGGCAGCGCUUUGAGUGAACAUGGGAACAUUAAAGUUGAAGUUUUUCAUUAUCCUCCAAGAGGAGGAAGAAAACUCACUGAUUGUAUUGUGUGUCAGCAAGUAGUAAUCAAAGAAACAGUGCUAUAUUAAGCAGAAUCCCACUACCAGCAAGAUGAAUGAAUACUUAUAUUAUAGUUGAAUCCAUGAGAUGAGAAAACAGAACAUCUUAAACACAUUUUUAAAAAUCUCAUUUCAGGGCAGCUAAGUAGCUCAGGUAGAUUGGGAGUCAGGCCUGGAGAAGGGAGGCUUGAGUUCAAAUCUGACCUCAGACACUUCCUAAAUGUAGCCCAGCAAGUCACUUAACCCCAAUUGUCUAGCCCUUCCUGCUCUUCUGCCUUGGAACCAAUGUUUUUAAAAAUCUCAUUUGACCAAAAAGACUUAAAAAAAUUCAGCUUUAUUCUCAUUGACCCUUAAAAGUUACUUAAAGUCCCAGGACUAGUUUUGCCCUAUAUCAAUUGAAAAAACUGAAGCUGAAACCUUCUGGAAGUCCAACAUCAGGGGUCUAUGCAAAAUGUAAGUGGGAAGGACUGAAGAAUGAGUAAUGAUGAGAAACAUAGGAGAAAAAUAAAUACUAAAUGGUUGGAAAUUAACAAUAAUAUAAAUAGCUAACAUUUAAAUAGAGGUUACUAUGUGCCAGGGCAUAUUGCUAAGUGCUUUAAAAUUAUCUCAUUUGAUCUUCACAACAAUCUUAGAAGGAAGGUGCUUUUAUCCGCAUUUUACAGAGGAGGAAACUGGGGCAAACAAUUUAAGUGGUUUGCUCAGGGUCACACAGUUUGGAAAUAUUUAAGGUCAGAUUUAAACUUAGAAGAAUUGAAUAGUAAUUAAAAAGAGGAGAAUUUUGUUGUUUAAGGAAAAACUUCCUCAUAAUUAACUUUAUCCAGAAAAGUGGAAUGAGGGCCUAAGGAACUAAUGGUUUCCGUCUCACCAGGUAGAAAUUGAACAGAAAUUAAAUGGAUGACCACUUGUUUGGAAUAUUGUAGGAGGGAUUCCUGAUGGCCCCUGAUGAUCUUUUCUACUCUUGGAUCCUGGUAUUAUUGUACCAAAGGAAGCAUAAAAAAUGCCCAAAGGCUAUGGAUAAAUAUGUAAAGACUGAUAAGGAAUGAUACAGAAUGAAGAAAGCUAAAUCAAAAUAACAAUAUAUACACUGACUCCAGGGUUUUAAAUAAACAAAAAUAAUGCCAGAAAAAAAAUCUAGAAGAAACAACAUCAGACUUGGAAGCAGAUGGGACUCUUGGAUCAAUUAAUUAAUGUACAUCAUUUUAACAACAUUUAAUAAUUUUUAUGUUUUCAUCCAGCUUUUAAUCCUUUUUGUAAUUUGAAUAUAUAUAUUACAUAUAUAUGUAUGUGUGUAUGUGUAUUUGCUGGUUUAUAAUGAAUUAUUUUAAUAAAAAAUUAGAGUGUAGGAAAUAUACCUGUGAUAAGGCAAGAUAUAGAAAGUGGAAUGGGAUGUGGUUGUAAGUCAUAGUACCAUGAUGGAGGGGCAUCAGCAGAAAAGUGAAAAGAGGCAAUUAGAGUUCUAGUGAGGUGGAUGUCUGGAGCUAAGGAGCCAAGGUGACUGACUUAAGGAAGUUUAGGAGGUCUGGUGCCUUGAGUUGGAAUUCAGGCAGUAGAGAAGCCCAUUCAGAAGUAGGCAAAGUAGUGACAAGUGGAAGCCCUAUGGUUGAAGGCUAUGUUCCCUGGAUCUCUUAGGACUGGUGCUCAGAGGAAGAGCAGGUACCCUGGAGAGAGAACUUUGGCUCAGUGAAACCUACCUGAAGCACAGGAGGGAGGAAUUCUUCUUACAUGGUCAAAUGAUCCUUAAAUUGUCACCAAAUUAAGACUAGGAUUUAAAAUCCAAAUGUUUGAAAGAUGUCAAAUGUCAGCUGCUCUGUGGAUCUUUCCCAACCCCCACUUGUCAGGAAUACAGUGAUCUUUCCUUUCUCAGACCUCAUUGGGUACUCUGUGCCUUUCUUGCACUGUUAUUUUUUUCUUAGAUGGAGUUAAAUUACAUAUGAUACAUAACUAUUACAUAUUUGUGUGUGUCAUGCCCCUUCAAAAGGUCAAUGGUUAUUGACUAAAUGGAUGAAGUCUAGGUGGAACACACUCUAGGCAUGCUAGAGUACUGCUUAGUGAAAUCAUCAAGCAGCCCUAACUGAAAUGAGUACCUUGGCACCUGAAUUUAAUUUACUCUCUCUUUUUCUCUUCCAAUCAGGAACCAGACCAGAUCCUGCUCAGCUAUGAUAAGUGGGAAGAAUUGACCCCCACAUACCCAAGUCUCUCAUCUGAAGACCUUAGGCAAGGGGGAAGCUAGUCUUGGGGCUACUCACUGGGGCCUCUUGGAGACUCUCCAUCCUUCUGAUAUGAGGGUGAAACUGGGUAAAAGGAUCUCCAAAGGACCCUCUUGCCCCAUACCAGUCAUCAUUAUCCCAAUUUCUGAUUCAGUGAGCUGAGGUCAGUUUCUUGCCUGCUCUCCCAGGAAUCUCCAGAUCAGGGAGAUCUCAAACAAAUCAGCACAUGAGGGACCCUUGCAAACACAGUGGCCAGAGGCAGCAGGAAGGGUUCAGGAGUCCCAGAAACUUCCACAGAGACAUGUCUGAGUCUGACAAGGAGAGGAAAAUAUAAAGAUUAUAGAGGUCACUGAAAAGAAUUCUUGCCUAGAACCAAGAAAAGGGCUUACUAUACCCUAGGCAAGAUUUAGGGUCAUAACCUUAUGUAUCCCCUAGAUGCACCGAAGUGGCAGGGUAACAUACAGAUAACAGAAAAGAAAUACUACAGGUCUUUAGGGACAGAAUCACAUGACUGAAAAUCAAUGCAUUCUUGAAAGUUAAUGUUAAAUUGUGUGCCUAAUACCACUGUGUACUGUGCCACAAGUAGUUGCCUUUAUUGCCAACCCUUAGUCCUUGUUCUGCCCCAUCCAAUCUCUCUCCAAAACAAAUGGAGAUUCUUAGAAACCUCCAAAAUCUCCCUCCUCUGGGUAUCUCAUUUAAAUUUCCAUUCAUCUUGUCUUCACAUGCCCCCAAUCUUGAUCAUCCUUAGCAGUCUUUUUGCCCAUAUGUUCAAUUGGCUGCAGAAGGAGAUUCCUUGUGUCUUGGGAUGACUGAAAGAAAUGAAAACUACACAUGGAGUCAGAUGUGGGGGUUGAGACCUGACUCUGCCAAUUGCUAGUUGUAGGUGUCAUAGUCCUGAUCUAUAAAAUAGAUAAUAGUACCUGCACUACCUACAUCACUGAGUUGUUGUGAGACUCCAAUGAGAAAAUGGAUACAUGGAAAGAUCUUUACCCCUAUAUGUCCACAAUUCCUCUCUGCAACAUUCUUGGCAUUUAUCACUUGAUUGAAGAUCUCCAAUGAGAGGAAAUCCCUUUCCCCUCAUAGCAGCCCUUUCUACUCUGGCAUAGCUCUAAUUGUUAGGAAGUCUUUCCUUGCAUUAAGUCCAAAUCUGCCUUUGUUCAAAUUCCACCCUGUGCUCCUACUUCUGCUCUCAGUCAAAUUGAACAAGAAAACACCCCGUGUGAGUUACAGGCUUAGGACCCCAACUCCCACAAUCCCCCCACAACUAUUGUCUAGGAUAACCAUCCCAGUUCCUUCAACUGAACCUCGUAUGGCAUGGUCUUGAGACCCUUCACUGUCCUGGGUAUGCUGGGACAUUUUACAGCUAUUGAUGUCCUUCCCAAAAAGUGGGACCCCAAACUGAAUCACAAUUUCCUGAAAUUGCUUUCUGCUUUGAGCUAUCAUAUCCUAGGUACUUUAAAUGUAAACUUCAUUCUGAUUUUGAUAAGGAAAGCAGUUUGUCUGAGGAGAAAGAACAUUUUGGUGGGAGGGAGUCAAAGGUGAGCAUCUCCUAAAAUGCUUGGAAGCCUAAUCCUUACCUUCCAUUGAUACAUUUGAGUAAUAACCAGAGGGCAGAAAAAACCUAUACCAAAUCAAAAGCACAAGAGCUUUUUUUGCAAGGCCAUUUAAUCCCAGAACAUUUGUUUUGCUUGAAUUCUGUCUCCUGUCGCCUUUAUUCUGUUGGAUGUCUUUACCUGCCAGGAAUGAAGGACCAGGAUGUACUCAACAGUGAAAAUUUGUAAGGGGUGUAAGAGACCAUAAGAGAUCAGUGAAUCUAGUACCCUUUUUUAUAGAUGAAAAAUUUGAGUGUUCACAGAAGUAAAGGGAUUUGUUCUAGGUCACACAGCUAGUAAGUAGUAGAGCUGGAACUCCAAUGCAAGACAAAAUGUUUCUGUGAGCCCAUUAAUUACUGGACUCGGGAUUUUUUCCUGAAUGUGAGGCCCUUACCUUGCUCUUUUCUUCUUCCUCUCCAGAGCUGUAACUAGGAAUUCUGACAUCUGGGGCAAAUUUAGCUAUUGGACAACGAAUAGGGCAGUGUGGAGGGAACUGGGAGUCAGUUUAGGGGACCCCCACUUCCCACCUCAAAGCAGUCCUGUACCUUGUCUACCCAUCACCCCAGAGUGAACAUGCUAUAGGAAAGUAUAUCCUGGGCUAUGGAAUAUCUGAGGUUCUAGGCCUAGAAGGCCAAAGACCCCGCUUAUCCUCUUUGCCCUGAGCAGGGCCCCACAUCUCAUACUUUUGCUUGCCUCUGGGUUACCUAGAAGUUUCAUAUAACCCUUCCCAGGGAGAAUAAAGCCCAAGGGAAGUCCCCUAUAAGAAAUUGAGGCCUAAAGGGGUCUACUUGACACAGGUGAGAGGUUAUACUCCUGCCUACUGCUCAUUCCCAGGCUAACUGGAAGUUGCACUGUACCAGAGCUAUACAUGGUAUGGAGAGGAAAAAAAUCAUAGUCCUAUGCUUACUUCAUCCUUGAUUUAAGGCUCAAUCUGGUGAGGACUUGGAAUCUCUUAACUCUCCUCAGGGUGAAGGACUGCUGUGAGAAGGAAGCAUCUCCUAGAAAAUAGCUAGGGCAAUAUUCCAAGGAUCCCUCACUAGUGGCCCCGUCCUAGUUAUGUCUCUGUUCCUCUCGUUAUAGUCCAGAACCUUCUUGGCACCACGUAUGGAAGAUAUAGCAAUUCUUCUGUUUUGUGAUAUAAAAGCACACCAUCUUGAAUCCCCUAUAACCACAUUUUCUCUUCUCAUAGCCCUAACUACAAAUAGGUCAGCAGUCCGACUGGAAUAAGGACCACUUCUAGCUCCUCUCCUCAAAUUCUCACACCUACUUCUGGUUUCUCUAGAAUGGGACCCUCUACUUGUUUUAACAGGUAUUGAGAAUUUACAGCCCAAAACAUGGUCUGGGAAACAAGAUCUGCUCCUUCCCUGAACAGCUCUGGGAAGAUGAGUGCCAAACAAUGGUUAUUGGUAGAGUUCAUUCUUAAUCAAUUCAUGAUCCACUCUCCUGUCUCUUGAGAAUGUGGCCUUUUCAUUUUUGUAUUAACUAGACUUGUGCUAACUGGCUCUGAGAUAUACAGAUUCUAAUUCUGGGUUAUCUUUAGGGCAAAUUGAAAGAAUAUGUCAAGCAUAUAAGCAAGUUAGGUAUGGCAGUGUUACAGGAUCUCAGAAGUGAUGGACCCCUAUGAGUAUAAGAAGUGGAGCUUUCCACUCUUCCCCAGGACCCCAAGAGCAACAUUUGGAGGUGAUAUCUCUGCCCCCAUACUAAGAAAAGAAUGUAUCUCAGGGUCUACCUGGCACAUUUACAGGGAAUCUCGUCUAGAUGAUAUCACUUGGCCUUGAAUCAUGUUUAGCAGUGGAAGAGACCUUAGGUAACAUCUGUUACAAAUAUAUGGACAAUGUAAUUGAAGCUCUUAGAUGUGAAGUGACUUGCCCAAAGUCAUUCAGGUAGUUAGUUGCAGAUGAUUUCCAUUUUGAAAUCCUUUCUCUUCCAGUCCCAAUGAGAGUGACUUCCAGGCUGAUAAUCUUUUUCAGAACCUUUACUUCCCAGCUCUUCCAAAGAAGACUGGCUAUUUAGAAGCUGAGGAAUCCCUCCCUUCUUGCCCUCCACCUGUCCCUAUGCAGGGCUAUUUACUUUUCUCUGGGCCUCUCACCAGUACUACUUCAGCAAACUAGUUAAAGUCCUGACUUUGGGUAAUAGAUCCAAUGGUAUUUUCUAGUGAUAGCUCUGCCUCAUAGAUCCAAGAAAUUGGCUGAAAUCAAACCUCAGUCUCCAGCUUCAGAGCCACACUUGACCCAUUUAACCCCCAAGUUUACUUUGGACCUGGAAGAGACACAGAGCUUCUUGAUUACAAAAUAGGGGAAGGCUGAGGCCAUGAAUUCGCUUCCCCCUAGCUAAACCUCAUAUAGGACAGGAGUAAAGCUUAUAUUGGAUGCUCUACUGUGUGAUGCCCAGGCUGAGGUGAAUUCUUCUAAAAACUUCUGGCGGGGGGAGACAAUUCCUCAGAAUCCUAUUUUGAAGUGAUAUGAAGACAUUGCUGCUAUGGGUGAUAUAGCAAAGAAAGCCAACAUUCCAUUCUCAAUCUAACAGGAAUUAGAGAUGGAAAAGAUGUCCUCAACUGCCUCCUUCAUUGAAUUGGCAAGAAAAUGAAAUGUUUUGAACCCUCAGGAGGACAAAGGCAAUGGAACCAACUCCUAAUUCUAAUAAGUUAAUCUUUGGUAGAUAAAUUGAUUUAGGUUUUAUUGGGAUGUUUAAAGUUGGAAGGAUCCAACAAGAUUUGAAAGGUAAUUUCACUUCAGAACAAUAAACUACACUGUUAACCUAAUGUUUCUAGAAUUAAAUAUAACCAUCAUGGCUCCAAUCCACUUUUCUAGAAUUAUCUAUAUUCAUUUGCUUCAAACUGGUUAUAUUAUGAUUCCUCAUAUACAACAUGUUUUCUGUUUCUUUGACUUUGUACAAGUUGUCACCCAUGCCUAGAAUUUACUCCUAACCUUUGUUUCUUAAUAUAAUUCUCUUGGAAAAUCAAAUACUUUGAUUUUGCUACAAUGCUAGUCUAGAUCCUCAUAGUUACUCACCAAUAUAACCUUUUUGAAGAUAGGAACUGAUUUUUUCAUUGUAUACCAAGUACUUACAGUGUAACAUGGCAGGCAAUUAGAGUCUAGUGUUUGUCAUAUGAAUACUGGCAGAAUAAACUGAAUUGUGUUAGAACUCUUAUUCCCUUCCUAUGUCAAUUAUAGUUCAAUCCUUUUUUUUUUUUUAAAGUAUAGUUGAGCCCUGGUAAUGGAUAGCAUCUUUUGUUGAAGUUUGGAGAGAAUAGUUGACGGGUUGGCCAAAAGUUUAAUUUUUCAUCCAUAGGAACUCUAAACCAUCUCAUUUGACUAGGUGUCCUUCCAGAAUAAGCCUUAAGUAUUAAAAAAGCAAAAUACUCCAGAACAAGAGAUGUUAAGUAUUCAGGUUUUGUUUUAUUGAAACUAAUAUUAAGAACUGUAUAUAUUAUGAUAUAAUUAUUAAUCUCCUUGAAUCAUAUUUUCCUUAUCUGGGAACAAUAAUAAAUUUAAACAUGUAAAUAAGAAAAUGGUAACAUGCUGAAAAGUGAACUAUAUGAAUAUUUGCACUAGAAACCAAAAUGUAUCCAUUAUAAAUUAGACUCUCUGUGUAAUCACUUUUUUUAAAAAGCCUUUAUCUCUAUUUGUUCCAAGGCAAUGGUAAGGGCUAGGCAAAGGGGAUUAAGUGACUUGUCCAGGGUCAUAUAACUAGUAAGUGUUCAGAUUGGAACCCAGGACCUAUCUCUGGGCCUGGCUUUCAAUCCAAUGAGCCACCUAAUUGUCCCCUAAUCAAUUUUUUGAUUUUCUGAAAGAACAAGCCUUAUUUCUACUUCCAUGAGUUUCUCCAUCAAAAUAGCCAAUAUAUAUUAGUGUGGGUAAUACUUCAGCAACAUCAGUAGCAAUCAUAUUUAGUGAUUUGACAAGAUGAGCCUUCAUCCCAAAACUAAUUUAUAAAGUUAUUUCAUCUACUUAUGCAUUAUUAGAAAAAUAAGAAGUAAUCCACUAUUCGAUAAAAACUGCUGGGAAAAUUGGAAGACAGUGUGGGAGAGACUAGGAAUAGAUCAACACCUCACACCCUACACCAAGAUAAAUUCAAAAUGGGUGAGUGAAUUAAACAUAAAGAAGGAAACCAUAAGUAAAUUGGGUAAACACAGAAUAGUAUACAUGUCAGACCUUUGGGAGGGGAAAGGCUUUAAAACCAAGCAAGAUAUAGAAAGAAUCACAAAAUGUAAAAUAAAUAAUUUUGACUACAUCAAACUAAAAAGCUUUUGUACAAACAAAACCAAUAUAACUAAAAUCAGAAGGGAAACAAUAAAUUGGGAAAAAAUCUUCAUAGAAACCUCUGACAAAGGUUUAAUUACUCAUAUUUAUAAUGAGCUAAAUCAAUUGUACAAAAAAUCAAGCCAUUCUCCAAUUGAUAAAUGGGCAAGGGAAAUGGAUAGGCAGUUCUCAGAUAAAGAAAUCAAAACUAUUAACAAGCACAUGAAGAAGUGUUCUACAUCUCUUAUAAUCAGAGAGAUGCAAAUCAAAACAACUCUGAGGUAUCACCUCACACCUAGCAGAUUGGCUAACAUAACAGCAAAGGAAAGUAAUGAAUGCUGGAGGGGAUGUGGCAAAGUAGG